CACAUGACCAACGGUCGCGGGAAGUCCUUUGCCACGCGCGUGAUAGGAAGAAGCCAGUUCUUGACUCAUUCAAACUUUUUUGUAAACAUUGGUUUGGUUUUAUUGCGGAAAGACGUGUUUCUGUGUCGGUGAGCAAUCAAGAAGGUGGUGACGGAUACCGAUACUCGACCGGACCGGGUAGUUUUGGUGUUUGUUUUUAGUUUAACGCCAACUUCGGACGUUGUUCUUACGGCGAAAACAAGCUAACUCCGGGGCCAUUUCUCAGCACUGGAUGGGCGUGUAAGUGUUAGCAAACACGUUAACUUUUUCUAAGAUGUUAAUGGACAUUUAAGCGCUUUGCAGUCGUUUUUGGACACUUUUUAAACCAAUACCUUUCUUUUAAGGUAGUUAAAAGUAGCUAGAUUUGUGUUUUUUGCGAGAAAAGCUAGUGGGGGUCCAACCGCGUGAUUUUUCCCGUCGACGAAGCCGGGGUUUAAAUCCUGAAAAUGUCGAGCUACAGUCGCCAUCGGCACGGAUCCCCCUCCCCGAAAAGUCGGCCUAUUCGUCAGAAAUUACAGUUCACAUCCAGCGACGGGGAGGACGACCCCAUUGAGGAUGUUAACAACAGCACCGGUGGAGAAUCUGGCUUCACGGAGAUGGAUUCCCCGAUGCCAGUGCGACGGGACACCGCCGACAAACGGCUGGACGGGGGCAGCAGCCCCCUGAACCAGUCCGGCGGGGACGACGACGUGGAGCUGUGGGACGAGGAAAGCUUCGGUUCACCGUCUCACCUGCGGUCCCCGAGCAGCGUUAUCUUUGCCAACUGUUCGCCGUCGCCGAGGAAAAGUUCUCGGCUGUACGGGGGGUCACCGGAGCGGUCCUACGUCCAGGACGACGGGGAAGGAUCCAGCUCCCCGAUCCCAGACUGUCCCGACACACCUCCGCACAAAACCUUCAGAAAACUCAGGCUUUUUGACACACCGCACACACCAAAGAGUUUGCUGUCCAGAGCAAGAGGCUCCGGCCCGGGAUCCUCCAGCAGGAGAGUUGCCCUGUUCAAGAAUGUGGAGCCUUCAGGAAAGUCAAUCACAGACAGCAGCAGGAGACAGCAGACCCCUCUGGUCAACUUUAACCCCUUCACCCCCGACUCCCUCCUCAUCCAGUCUGCCACACAGCAGAGAAACAACAGGAAACGGGCACACUGGAAUGACUCCUGUGGGGAAGACAUGGAGGCAAGUGACGGUGAAGGAGAGGAGGAGGUCCUCCCACCAUCCAAGAGGAUCACCAUGAUGGAAAGCAACAUGAUGUCCCGGUACGCCUCCGAGUUCCUCGAGCUGGAGAAGAUCGGCUGCGGGGAGUUUGGAGCUGUGUUCAAGUGUGUGAAAAGACUCGAUGGCUGCAUCUACGCCAUCAAGAGAUCAAAGAAACCUUUGGCGGGAUCAGUAGACGAGCAGAACGCCUUACGGGAGGUGUAUGCCCACGCCGUGCUGGGCCAGCACCCCCACGUGGUGCGCUACUACUCAGCCUGGGCCGAGGACGACCACAUGCUCAUCCAGAACGAGUACUGCAACGGGGGCACGCUGUCAGACGUCAUCGCAGAGAACUACAGACGGCUCAGCUACCUGUCGGAGCUGGAGCUGAAAGAUCUGCUGCUACAAGUCACACGAGGACUCAAGUACAUCCACUCUACAUCUCUGGUGCACAUGGACAUCAAGCCCAGUAACAUCUUUAUUUCACGGAAAUCCGUAGCGAGCUGCGACGAAUGUGACGAGGAUGACGGUCUGACCACAAGCGUUGUCUACAAAAUCGGUGACCUCGGUCAUGUGACACGAGUGAACAAUCCACAAGUGGAGGAGGGUGACAGCAGAUACCUGGCCAAUGAAGUUUUACAGGAGGACUACAGCAACUUGACAAAGGCGGACAUCUUUGCUCUGGCUCUGACUGUUGUCAGCGCCUCGGGGGCCGAGCCUCUUCCCACAAAUGGAGACAAGUGGCACGAGAUCCGACAGGGAAAACUCCCCGCCAUCCCUCAAGUGCUUUCUCCAGAGUUUCUCAGUCUCCUCAAGCUGAUGAUCCACCCCGACCCAACCAGGCGGCCAUCGACGUCUGACCUCAUCAAACACCCGGUGCUCCUCACCGCUGCCAGAAUGAGUGCAGAUCAGCUCCGAGUUGAACUCAACGCAGAGAAGUUCAAGAACGCCCUGUUACAAAAGGAGCUGAAGAAGGCCCAGCUGGCCAGGGCUGCAGCAGAGGAGAAGGUUUUGUCCACAGACAGGAUCCUGACCCGCUCCACAGUCCAGUCCAACCCCAGAACCACCAGACUCAUCGGAAAGAAGAUGAAUCGGUCGGUCAGCCUCACCAUCUACUGAGACUUUACUCCGCCCUGACAGGAAGUUAGCUCACGGACCUUUACUCAGACCUGUUCGGUUGAAACGGUCUUUUGUUUUUCUUUUUGAGGAGAAUCCUGUCAGUCACGGUGUUGGGCUCAUCGGCCCAGUUUGAAGCUGUAGACUGUUGCCACACUGAACUUGAACUCAUCUCGAUAGACUCUCAUUACCAAUAUAGUUCAGCCCUUUUGCAGACGGAUUUUAUUCAUUCCUCGAAGGUAGUUACUGUACCUUUUACACUCUGUCAUUCCUUAAGUUAGCAUAGACGUCAGGCUCUCUCUCUCUGUCCUUGCACUUCCCCUCCCCCCUCUCGACAAAGCCGAAGUCCGUUGGCAGCAGAUCAAAGCUGCAGUGAAGCUCUCUUCAGUGUGAAUGUACUUUACCGUCGCCGUGUGCACCUUACUGCCUGUCAAAUGCCUGAUGCUGGGUACCAGAGGGUCCGAGAACUGACGAUGUCUGUGUUUGUAACGGAGCACUUUGGAGGCAACACGUGGAACUUGCCACUUUUUUUUUUUUUUUAGAUAAAACCUGCUGCUAUUGAUGUUUUGUAUGUAUCAGGGUUUGGCCAGUUUCAGGUUGGAUCGUUCUAGAGGUCAUUGGCUCUUACUUUCAAGUAGCAGGAUUCCACACACCCCCCUUCUGUCCUCCAUUUUUAUUUUUCUGCUCUGAUUGAAAAUGGACCAUUUGAGGAAACUCAUCCAGCUUGUUUGAAGUACCAAAACCAUCGAGUGAACUCAUUAUGUGUGAGGUUAGAAUGGAUCCAUAGUGUUUUGAUUAUUCCCUGUUGAUUGGUGCUGCCAACCCUGCCCUGUAGCAUUAGAACAAUCAUCGUCCUGUUCUUUUGGACUCAUGUUUUUUUUUUUUUUUUUUCUCAUUUCUCCUGCUGUUUUUUCCACAAGGCUCGUCUUCAGUUAGAAAAGUAUUCGUCAUCUCUUUGUUCCUAUAACCUCUAACACAAAAAACCCCUUCUCUGUUGUAACAUGUACAUAUGUUCUUUUAAUAAAUUCUCACCUUCUACA